UUGAAGUAUUUUGACCUCGUGUCAGAAGCAUCUUCAGAUUUAGAGGAAGUGGUUGGCAAUGUAGAUGAAAUUCUCAGAAAGGUUGAGCUAGCUAUUUGUGAAGAACUGGAUACUGACUUAAAUGAGCACGAUGAAGCAGAGAGGGGAAUAAUUAUGAGUGCUUACAAUAAAGUUAGACAUAACAUUCGUCAGGAGCAAAGUAUGAUCACUGUCAUACAAAAUAGAUACUUGGCCAGUGUUGAGUUCAAAAAACAGGCUGAGGAAUGGCUGAAUAGAAGACCUGAUAUUAACAACUUAUUAUCAAUUAAGAAAACUAUGAAAAGCUUAAAGGCCCAGUUAAGGUGGAAGCUAGUUGAAAAGAACAACUUGGAGGAAUCUGAUGAUUACAGUGAGUUUGAAAUGACAGGAAUAAAAGAGGAGAUUGCUGAUCUGCGAAAUAGGGUUCUUCAGGAAAUAUCCAAGGAACAAGAAGAAUAUGAGAAGCUUACGUAUUUGGCACAUAAAUGGUUCCCUGAGUUACCACUUCUUUAUCCAGAAGCAGGAAUUCUAAACUAUAUGAACUCUGGUGGACUUCUGACACGCAGCCUGGAGCGAGACCUUUUGGAUGCUGAGCCCAUGAAGGAACUGAGUACGAAGCGACCUUUAGUGUGUUCAGAAAUUCAGGGCCAGAAGGUUCUUUUAAAGGGAUAUUCUGUAGAUGUAAGCUCAGAAGCCAAAGUGAUAGAAAGAGUUGCCAAGUAUCACAGAGCUUGGGAUCAGCAGAAGGAGAAAUCUGGAUUAUUACAACUGUUGUUUCUUCUUUUCUGCAAGUCUGAUCCUUUGGUAUAUUUAAUGGUCCCGUACUACCCAGGAGCAAGUCUGGGAGCUUUACAGGCUGAUACGCCUUUAACUUUAGAAGAGGCAUUAAAAGUGAUGAAAGGAGUGGCCCAAGGUCUACAAACGUUGCAUGGAGCUAAUAUAGUACAUGGAUCUCUGCAUGGAAAUAAUGUUUUUGCCGUGAAUCGAAAACAAGGAAUCGUUGGAGACUUUGAUUUCACGAAAUCAGAGGAACAACGUGCUGCUGCAAACACUAUGGUUGUCAGUACCCUGAGCUUAGUUUCUCCUGAACUGAAAAUGGGACAGCCAGCUUCUCCAGCCUCUGACAUGUAUGCUUAUGGCUGCCUCCUGUUCUGGGAUGAUAAAGUUAAAUCUCUUCUCCUGAAUUUGUUCUGCUGUAGCAGACUGACGGCUGAGCAGGUGCUGAGGGAUGAUUGCUUCCUCAUAGUUGAUGCGAUUCCAGUUUCACCACAACCGGGUGAAGAGCAUGCUUCUGAGAAGACAGAUGAAAAAAAAAUGCAAUUAACUGAGGAGAAUGGAACAAACCCUACUCAAUAG